CAUCUAACUGCAUCGGAUUGGUAAGCGUUGCAUAAGUAGAACGCAAGCUGACAUAACGAAAACUUCGCAAUCAGCUGGUCGGCCUUGGCCCUAAUGGUCGCAUUGGCGGUGGGCCGCCGCCGGGCGCCGCAGCGGCAAGCGCGCUUCGGACUAGCAACUCGCAGUGUUAUCGUUGCAGUCAAACCUAUUGCUUGCACUGCACACGCCGGCUUUAACAACUCUGUGACUUAAAACAUCGACCAGUGCGUAUAUGAUAUAUUCAAAAUAACGGAAAUGUAUUUUGUAUAAAAAAUAAAGUGUAGUCUCGCUGUGAAUGUACACGGCUGAGUAUGUUGAAUAUUCAUAAGAAUGUAUUGUUUCGGUCCCAUCGCGCAAGGUGCUUAGAAUAACUAACAUAAAAAGGCUACGAAAAAGUGUAACUUCCUGCUAAGAAAAACAAUUGGAGUACGUGAUAAGGGUAAAAAGUAAAAUCCGAUCAUUGUUUUUAAAAGCUUAUAUUUAUUCAUUAUUUGAAAAAAUUACGAAUAAGAUAGUACCGUCGCGUCUGCUUAACUUUGAGUAAACUGAAAAGAUCUAUGUGAGCAAAGUUAUGUCGCAAAAGUUGUAUAUAUUUGUCGUUGGCGCCAUUGUGAUCUCUGCGGCAGCACUCCAGGCCGCCGCACAACCACCAACAGCCGACGCUUCAAUAAGCAAAGAUCGUGCUUUAAGAUAUGUUACAUUGAAGGCUGGAAAAAAUGUAGCAUCUACUCCACAACGAGGAUUUUUUGGUACAAUUUUCAAUCUUAUUUUGGAGCAAAUCAAUGAUACCAAAAGUGCGUACAAUCAAAUUUCGGGAUUAGUCAACGAUCAAUUUGCUGAUAAUGAUGAUAAAUCAAAGCCUAAUGCUAACAAUGGAACUGCUGAAGCGGGAAAAAUAACAAGAGCAGAAUUUUUGAAAAUACUUGACAGAAAUUUUAAAGGUUUAGCACGACUUCGAAAUCUUGAAUGGCGUGAAGCAAGAAAGGAUUCAUGGGCAAAUCUAGUGGAAUACAAAAAUGAAAUAUUCUCUGGAAAAAAAGCAAGAAAUAGAAGAUAACAAUGACUUGAAUCAAAAAUAUGUAUCUAUAUGUAUAAAAUCAUAUAUAGACAUAGACAUUAAAAAUACA